AUGUCUGAGUCCGACUCAGGUUCUGACUCUGAAGGAUCCGAUCACGGCGCUGAAGAUGACGGCCCUAUUUUCGCAUACGACAAGCUUUACCACUCGUCCAAAGACAAAGAGGAGAUCAUGGCCAUGCCGGAAAUCCAGCGCGAGCAGAUUCUCUCGGAAAGAGCGCAGCAGGUCGACCGCCACAACCAAGACCUUGCUCUCCGCCGACUCCUUGCCUCCCGCGAACGCGAAGAAGCCCGCCAGGCGAAGAAGAACAAGCGCAAGGCCAGUGCCGCCAACCUGGAGGAUGGCAAUCGCAAGAGCUCCCGUCAAAAGACAACCCUUGGUGGUCGUAAGGUGGGCGAGACUUCCGAUGCCAUCCAAGCCUACAAGCGACAGCGUGAGCAGAAGGGUAAGCGCGAUGAGCUUCGUCGUCGCGAACCCGCAGUCAAAGACCAAAAGGCUCGUUCGAGGGACGAGCAGAUCUCGGAUGACGAUGCGGAAGGCGAGAGCGAAGUCGAAUGGGCCGAUCGCGAUCGGUCCCCGUCGCCUCCCAAAGACGAUCCACCUGCCGAUCUUCGUGACCUGAACCGGGCUCGCGUGGGUCGCACCAACUUUGCUCAGGUUUGCUUCUACCCUGGCUUUGACGACGCUAUCUCGGGCUGCUUUGUCCGUGUCAACAUCGGGCCGAAUCGCGAUACCGGUCUCAACGAGUACCGGCUCUGUGCGAUCAAGAGGUUCAACGAAGGUCGCCCCUAUGCCAUGGAGGGCACGAACGGUCGGACUUUCAUCACCAACCAGUAUGCCGUCGUGUCACACGGUAAAUCUGAGCGCGAGUUUCCGUUCAUCGCUUGCUCUGAUUCUACGAUUACCGAGGCGGAGUUCAAUCGAUACCGUCAAACCCUAGUCGUUGAAGACUCCAAAAUGCCGACGAAGUCGAUGCUUGACGACAAGGUGGCUGCCAUCAACCGUCUGCUGAAUCACAAGUUUACCCCUGAGGAAUUGAACGAGAAAUUGCGCAAGCAGGGUUCCCUGGACCGCAAGAGCCAAACUUUCAAGCGCUUGGAGAACGAGAGACUCCUCAAUCUUGCUAAAGCCGCUGGAGACGACGCCGAAGUUGAGCGUCUCCAGGCAGAGCGUGCCGGUUUCGCCACUCCCAAACUUGCGUUCACGAACAACAAUGCCAAACCUCAGGUCAAGCAGCAGUCGGAGCACGAGCGUCUGCUGGAACUGAACCUGCGUAACCAGAAGCUCAAUUAUGAGAAUGUCCGUCGUGCGCAACUCGAGGAGCGCAAGGCCAGUCGCAUAGCGGCGGCGGCAGUGGCUCGUGGAGAGGCUACCGCCAAUCCUUUCUUGCGUGUCCGUACCCAGGCCAGAACUCACUACGAUGUGAGCAACGGCAGCCCAGCUUCUGGCGAUGCCAGCAGAGACGUCACCCCGGCCACUGGCUCCGAGGCAGCCUCGAAAUCCAACACUCCGAGCAAGCCUGCUACUCCGUCUAGCUCACAAAAGAAGUCCACUCCGGGUGGCAUUGCGAAGAUUCGCCAUCGGAACAUGGACGACGAGAACAUUGCUGCCCUGGAUCUAGAUAUAGAUGUUGAGAUCUAG